AUGGGCUCAAAGCCGAGCUGGGCCGAUCAGGUGGAGGAGGAGGAGGAGGAGGAGGAGGAGGAGAUGAAGUGUAUCUUAAACAUUUGUCCUCUCUACAAACCUCAUAUCAAAAAUUUAUUUCUUUUAAUAGGUUCACUCCCUUCACCAAAAGAGACAGUUAAAGGUAAUAUUAAGACUGUCAAAGAAUACAAGAUUGAAGAAGAUGGCAAGAAGUGUAAGAACUUGAAGAAAUUUGGCAAUUCGGAUUUUGACCAACCAGGUCCCAAUGUUGCCACCAUGACAGUGAGUGAUGAUGUCUUCAUGACCUUCACUUCCAAUAAAGAGGACUUGAAUGCCCAAGACCAGGAUGAGGAUCCCAUGAACAAGCUGAAAAGACAGAAGAUUGUGUCCUGCCGUAUUUGCAAAGGAGAUCACUGGACCACCCGCUGUCCAUACAAGGACACGCUUGGUCCAAUGCAGAAGGAACUGGCCGAGCAGUUGGGCCUGUCCACAGGGGAAAAAGAGAAAGCGGCAGAUCCUGAACCUGCUCAGCCAGUCCAGAAUAAGACCGGGAAAUAUGUUCCACCAAACCUGCGGGACGGUGCUACACGCAGAGGAGAGUCCAUGCAGCCUAAACGCAGAGCUAAUAAUAACGCUACAAUCCGUGUGACCAACCUGUCUGAGGACACCAGAGAAACAGACCUCCAGGAGCUGUUCAGACCUUUUGGUUCCAUCUCUAGAAUAUAUCUGAUCAAGGACAAGAACACAGGCCAGUUGAAGGGCUUUGCCUUCAUCAAAUUCCACCGCCAUGAGGACGCUGCCAGAGCCAUUGCUGGGGUGUCAGGAUUUGGAUACGAUCAUCCAAUUCUCAACGUGGAAUGGGCCAAACCCUCCAACAACUGAGUUGCAUAAAUAUUCCAGGUUCCAAUUGUGCAAGGCAGUGAUCAAAAUAAAUGCAAAUAAUGUUAAAUCCA